AAUGGAACGUUUGCACAGGGACGGCCGCACGCGCGCCGCAGCCCGACCCGGGACCGCCCCUUCCUUAAAGCCGCAGCCCGGCUAGGAGCCGCAGUGGCGGCGGUCGCAGCGGCUAGUGCCAGGCGCCAUUGGCUGCAGCGCUUCGUCCCGGGGCGCUGACUGGAUGUGGCAGAGCCCCUCCCGCUACCCCCUGGCACCAAGCCCCGCCGGAGCCCGCGCCCCUCGCAGCGCAGCAGCCUUCGCCGGCGCCCCGGGCUGGCAGGAUGUUUGACAAGGCGCGGCUGCCCUUCGUGCUCCUGGAUGUCGUCUGCGUGGUGCUGGCUGGCUUACCCCUUGGUGUUCUAAACUUGGCCAAAAUAAAGCCAUAUCAGAGAGGCUUUUUCUGUAAUGAUGACAGCAUCAAGUAUCCAUUCCAUGACAGUACCGUCACAUCCACUAUCCUCUAUGCAGUGGGGUUCACCCUGCCCAUUUUCUCUGCACAGCUGUGAAAUCAUCCACUGGGCAUUGGCACAGGUGAACAUGAUAAUCGUAGGAGAAGCCCUGUCUGUCUAUUAUAACCAUUUGCACUCGAAUUCGUUUGUCAGAAAUAACUACAUAGCCACUAUUUACAAAGCCAUUGGGACCUUCAUUUUUGGUGCGGCGGCUAGCCAAUCCCUGACGGACAUUGCCAAGUACUCCAUAGGUAGACUGCGUCCCCACUUCCUGGCUAUAUGCCAACCGGAUUGGGCACAAGUUAACUGCAGUUUAGGUUACAUUGAAAACUUCCCAUGUCAAGGAGACAAAGUAAAAGUUAAUGAGGGAAGACUGUCAUUUUACUCUGGGCAUUCUUCAUUCUCCAUGUACUGCAUGCUGUUCCUAGCACUUUAUCUUCAGGCCAGAAUGAAAGGAGAUUGGGCAAGACUUGUACGUCCCACAGCGCAAUUUGGUCUCAUUGCAGCAUCUAUCUACGUGGGUCUCUCCCGUGUUUCUGAUUACAAACAUCACUGGAGUGACGUGUUGACUGGACUCCUUCAGGGAGCGGUGGUAGCUGUGCUUAUCGUGGUGUACGUAUCAGAUUUUUUCAAAGUGAGGGGAUGUACAUUUAAACCCAAUGAAGAAGAUUCGCAUACGACUCUACAUGAGACACCAACAAAUGGAAAUCACUAUGGCAGUAAUCACCAACCAUGAUCCUGUGAAGGCUCCUGCUUUCUAAAAGAAAAAUGAUUUCAUAAGUCUCCAUAUGUAAAAUAAAUGCCUUUAAGGGACUGCUGCUGCUAUACCUCUUGGAUGCUCAUUUUAUAUGUAUAUAGUAACAUAACAGCAUUGUCUAUAUAUCUAAUAGGUUUAAAAAUCUUAAAUUCUAUUUCAAGCUUACUGCUUAUAAAAACCACAAUUUUUUAUUAAAAUAACAUGGUAACACUUAUGUACAAACAGCAUUGUGUAUGUAAUAUGCUUUGUUAGAAUGCUUCCUGUUUUAAAUACAUACACUAUUAAAUGCCUGUCUUGGGGGUAAAGAUGGCAAACUAGGCUGAUGCCACCAGUCUAGAAUUAUUCUGCUCAGUGAACAAGUUUUUUCAGAUUGCUCCCAAUCCAUAAUGGGCUUCCACAACAUAGAUUUUUAUAGGUAGAGGCUUGCAGCAAACACAAUGUCUCUCUUGAUUUUGGUAAUUCCUAUCAAAAAGAAACAGAUUAGUAUUAUUGUCAAAAUAUAUAGGUAAGAGCUGAACCUUGUGCACUAGAUUAUAUGGUACCUGUAAUGGUCUGAGACUUGUGUAUUCUAUGUGCACAGUGUAAGUCAUGACUUUAGACCCAUGGAUAAAGUACAGUGAAAAUCUCCCUUGAAAGGGUACCUGCAUUAUCCUUUUAACAGUUUUUUUUUCCCCAUAAAUAUUUAGUUGGUAGAUUUAUGCUUAACAGAUAGCUUUUACUACUAUUGCAAAUAAACUCUUUAAAGCCCAGUCAGACUUUCCAGCACCGAUGCCUCUCUAUAGAAAGAAUCAAGUUGACUGUGUUAAAUUAAAAUAGUGCUUUUCUCUCAGAUAAUGUAGCAUUUUCAAUAAUAAUUCAAAAGAACUUGGCUUGAAUAAUUUCUUUAGAAGCUGAAAUAGAUUUAGUUCGUAGGUACAUGCUUUCACCCCUUCUAUUUAUAACCAUAUUCUAAAUACAUACCUUCGGCAAACUUAUUUUCCAGCUCUGUGUUUCCUAUGGCCUUUGCUGCUUGACACAUCUGUCGAAGCAAUUCUUCUAGCCGCCUCAUACAACGAAUUAUGCUACCUAGAUAAAAAUGAAGCCUGUUUUUUUUAGCAGUCACUUCACUUAAUGGCAACAAGAAAGUUGACUAAAUUCAUUACAUGACAUAUUAAUGUAAAUUGAGCCUUGAGGAUGUAACUUGAGCUUCUACAGGAAGGAUAUCCUUAAACAGUACAGCUUCAGGCCUACUUCCUUAAGUAACAGAAUUCCAUUUUAAAACCAGACUUCAUUCCCAUAGUCCAGCUUGCAAUUUCUAGAAAUUAAGUUUAUUGGCCAUGUUAAAACUCUUUGCUCCUGAAACUUUAGUUAUUACCUAUUUCAAUCAGCUACUCAAGAGUUUUAGAAUGCCUGAAUAUUGCACAAGAAAUUUAGCCUGUACUGCAGGCACACUAGCCAGAGAUGCUCCAAGUAUCAAGACCUCCUCCUACCAUAGCCAUGCAUUCCAAAAAAACCUCCAACCCCAUCUAAAGUAACUUUUCUAUGGAAAGGUGAUUGUCACUUGCCCAGACAAUUUUUGCCACUAGAGAAGUAUAGAAUAGAAUAAAAGUCAUGAACAGCUGAAAUACAGAUAUGCCUUUGGGUUGUUUCUUUUAAGGCUUUUGCACAUAAUUAGCUCUUUUUCCAGAGCCUUUCCUUCAUUAUAAACUGAAUACCUGAACUGACAGUAGCAUUUGUUUUUUUGAUACAUGGAUUCCCUUGUCCACUGUUCAAACUAAGGGACAAUCUGAUUCUAAAAGCAAUGGGAUAUAAAGAAGGGAGAUUACUGAGCAAAUGGGCUUUGAACGUAGGUGAAGAUGACUUUGUCCCAUUGCCAGCUCACUUUCUCUGCUACAAUGAAUGGGGCUAGUGGAGACUACACUAGAUUCUGGUGCAUGACAUGUUCCACAUCCUGUAAAGGUGUGUAGCAUAACUAAGUACAUGUAAGCACAGUACUUGAUAUACCUAAAAUAGAAGGGAUGGUAAAUACAUAGUGUGCUAUUAUACAAUUUUUGCUUCUUUGUUACAAUCUAAUUUAAAGCUAGACUAUGGUGUGGAAAUAUCUGUCCAGUAUAGAUUUCACCUUUGAAGAGUUUGACUGUAAAUGGCACUGAAUUGAUAUCUAUAUGGAGAACAAGAAGCUUUAGUGUAAUUUUUUACCUAAAUUUCCAGCAGAUAGUGCACUAUCUGCUGUGGACAAGCAUCUCUGAUUAAUUUUUAAUUAAUCAGGCAGAGUUGUGACUUCACAGAUGACUGAUACUACAAAGCACAAACUGGUCUGGAAGAAGACUGUAGAAGUGACAGUCCAGAGUAAUUUAUCUCUGCCACCCAGGCCUAAAGACACUCCUCUUUGAAAAUAAAGCCCUAAUUCCACAAUUGUCUAUAUUCAGUGAAAGCCUGCACACAUCUGUUUCGUUAAGGCAUUCUUCAUAUGAGCACAUUCAUUGCUGCCAUUAUGUCAUCUACUACAGCAGGAGUAACUCCUGCAAGGGGACAGUAUGUGUAAAACCUCUUGCAGGUUAAAAGCCGUAUGGCGUCAAUUACUGAGACAAAGCACAAGUCCAAAAUAAGUGAACCAUCAGCAGUUCCCCUGAGCAUAGCCACGCUGCAUUUUGGCAACAUCAACUCAGUUUUCUGGAAGUCCCUGCUAGAGUCUGUUUACAAGAAUAUAAUUCCACCAAGCACCAGCUUACACAGAGAGGCUUCAUUAUAGCUGUUGCAGACAAAAACUUGUACACAACAACCAGUUAUUCCUAAACCUACAUUGACUUGGUUUU